AUGCGUGCAACCCGCCGCCAGGUGCGUGUGGCUUUGGGUUGGAAGAAGCAGACCUGGCCACAAGAUGAGUGGGUUUGGCAGUAUGAGGAGUCCAUUUUUGAAGAUGCCAUUGACCCGGAGAUUGCCAUCGUGGAUGCGCAUCAUCACUUCUUUGACCCUGUGGAGCAUGAGCAGUGGCCUGUCGCCAAGCCCCUGCGGAAGCUCAUAUUUAUGCAAGAUGGACAUGACCUGGUAAGAGGGAUCAUUACGGAUCCAGCUAUGGCAUCGUUGCCCUAUUGCUUUGGAGAGCGGGCGCCCUUACUGGCGAGAUACAAAGGCCCGGAGCUUCUGCGAGACAUCAAAGGCAAUGGCAAGGGCCAUCGGAUUGUGAACACCGUAUUCAUUGAAUGUGGAUGGAAGACGCCGGGUGAAGCCGUGCAAUGCAUGGAACCGGUGAAGGAGGCGGACAUGGUGAGCGAGGUGCAUCGGCAGUUCCCGGAGCUCUGCGGCGGCAUCGUCGCCUUCGCGGACCUGCGCCUCGGAAAGGACGUGGAGCCGGCCUUGAAGUACUACAAGGCGAACCCUUUGGUGAAAGGCAUACGUCACUCCUUGGCCUUCUGCGAAGAUCCGCUGAUUCGUGGUGGGAGCUGUCCCCACUGCAACAAAGGGACGGCCUAUGAUGAGAAGUUCCGGGAAGGCUUCGCGCUGCUGGAGAAGUACGGCUUCGUGUACGACUGUUGGCUCUUCCACGAGCAGAUCGAUGCGUUGGAAGACCUGGCGAAGGCCUUUCCAAAGACGACGAUCAUUUGCGACCACAUGGCCUACCCCCCUGGGCCUGAGUCCCUAUAA